AUGUCCACUGAAGUGCAGCGAGGCGACACCCUUUCGAGCAGCUCGUCUACCUACGCCGUCUUGGACUUCAUCGGGGAGGGCUGCUUUGGUAAAGUGGCCAAGUGCCUGAACACUCGGACCAGGGAGACAGUGGCCAUCAAGAUCUGCAAGGAGACCCCUGGAGUUAUCAAUGAGAAAGAGGUAGACUUUAGGACUCAUUUGAUUCUGCAGAGUUUGAUCUGCUUUAAUAAUACACACAUUUUUAGACUUCAGCAUCCUCACUGAGGUCAGACUUUUCAAAGACACCUGUUAAACUAAACCAGAUACAUGCAGUACAAACAUAAUCCACUAGGGGACAGAAGACAUGCCUCAUCAGACCUUAGUGUGGCACAUCAAAUCUGACUUUUUUUGUUUUUUAAAUAAAUAUUUCUGCUGAUAUUAAAAAAAAUAAAGGAGGAAGUGCAAUCAAACUAUUACUGAUACUUCAACAUGAACAUAAAGUUCAGCCUAUAAGUUUAUCUUUGACUGUGCACCUGAUUUUACAGUAAAAUCAUGUAAAAUUAUGUCCAAUUCUUUACAGUCUGACUUGAUUUAGUCCUUUGUCAAUCUUGUCAACUUUAUGCAUCAUGCUCUCCUAGUAAUUUAGAUAUGUACAGAGUAUAAAUUGCUGUAUUUAGAGUAUCUGCUUUAUUUGAAGUGGGAGAUAUUGGAUGUUGUUUGUGAAUCAUUUGCUCUAGAAUUUUCUUUUCCUGAUUCAUUUUGACUAAAAACUGAUGAAUUUAAGGCAAGAAUGGAGAAUAUUUGGUGCUUCAGACUGAUGUUUUAGAUGAUAAAUAAGUACAGAGUUGAAGAUGUCAUGAGGUGGUACAGUUUUCUGAGCAUUUGUGCUGUCUCCUCUUUCCUCCUCAGAUCUCCACCUUAGAGAGGCUCUCGGUCCUGGAUCCUGAAAGUUCCAACCUGAUCCGUUUCAUUGAGAGGUUUGACCACGUGGGACAGUGCUGUCUGGCGUUCGAGAUGCUGGACAUUAAUCUGUUCGACCUGCUAGUUAGCGGCCAGCCGCUCUCUCUCAGCGCCAUCAGACCGAUCGCUCAGCAGGUAUGUCAGCAGUUAGAUCAGUUGUACAAAUGUAGCUCCCAAUCAAAACAGAGACAGCUGAGAGCUGUUUGAGUUCAAGACUUCAGACAGCUCAGGAGGAGAAUUUUUCUCAAAUUUUUACAGCCAGACUGCAAGCAACUCUAAGUUAGAAUCAGAAUCAGAAAACAACAAUAAUUUGGCUAAGGUUUAGUGUGCUCAUUGUACAUGACAUGUUUUGCACACCUGAUGUGUUUGCUCUGGUCUGUUUGGUUUUCUGGUAACUUUGAAGCCAAUGUGAGCUCAGGAAUCCUGUUGGUGCUUAAUGCUUUAUAAGAAACUUCUUUGAUCAAACUCAGCAGCAGAUGAAAAACUAAAGUCUGUCCUCUUUUUAAUCCUGCAGCUGAUGGUCGCUCUUGAUGCCCUGAAGGGUCUGGGGAUUGUCCACUGCGACAUAAAGCCAGAUAAUAUCAUGCUGGUCAGUCGCAGCCAGCCCUUCAGGGUGAAACUGAUAGAUUUUGGAGAGGCGCUUCCAGUAUCCCAACUACCACGUGGUCCCCUCUUUCAGCCUCUUGGAUACAGGUGGGUUCAUCCUGCAGCUCAGGGGUUAAAUCAGAGGAGUUUGACUCUUGAUAAAGAGACAGACAGACUUCUAACCUGUUGUGUGUUUCUUCCUCCUCAGAGCUCCAGAGGUAUCCUUGGGCCUGCCCCUCACGGAGGCAAUCGACAUGUGGGGGGUUGGCUGUGUUUUGGCCUCCCUUUUUUUGGCAGACAACCCAUUCCCAGUGGAGUGUGACUAUCUGAUGGUAGGUGACCUUCCUCACACACAGAGGAGACUUUCUGCAGACCCUCCCCUGACCGUCUUUUUCUUUAUUUCUCUCUGCAGAUGAAACACAUAGUCAUAACGUUGGGCCAGCCUGAGGACCACCUGCUUGCCGCUGGUGAAAACACCCACCGGUAUUUUAAGCAGGACCCCUGGUGGGACCUGGAGGAUCCGCUGGCAUGGAGGCUGCUGGUAGAGAAACCAUGUUCCUCUUUCUUUGUAAAAUCACCUCUCUCAAUCACUUUGAAAAAACUGUCAUCUGACACAUUUUGUUUCUACAGACACCCAGAGAAUAUGAGACAGAGAAUUCCAGGCGCGCCUUCCUGGAUGACACAGAGCCUCUGAGAUCUCUGGAGGAUCUGGCUCAUGUAGGUCCUCUCUACUGUGUUUUAAAGACAAAUCAGAAGUAGUUAGUGAACAUCAGCUGACCUGAAUCUGUCUCCAAAUUUCAGAUCUAUUCAGACGGUGAUUCUGCAGAGAUGGAGGACAGGUUGGCUUUCGUGGACUUCCUGAAAGAUCUCCUCCAUCUCGAUGGGGCCAAAAGGAUCUCUCCUUCUACAGCUCUCCAGCACACGUAUCUGACCAUGAGUCACCAGGUCAUGUCUCCAGAGACCACAGAUGAGUAAGUGACUGUGUGGAUGAAGCAAAGCAAGGCAGCAUUAUUUUAUCAAGCUCCAUUCAUGCACAGAGGGAUUCAGAUGCUUUACAGAGAUCAAAACAAAAAGUUCAGAGCAUUCAAAGCAUUCAGAAAGAAUCUGAUAUUUAACAUGCACACAGACAUCUGUCUCACUGGCUGUAUUGAUGAUUGAUUCACUGAUUGAUCUUCACCCUUUUCCUUCCUGGACAGCACCACAAGUGUGAUGGGGAGCUCACCAACCCCACACCAGCAGUCAGCCCCAACAAGCGGCCAUGAAACUGAGGACAGUGGUCUUUCUGUUGAAGAGGAGCCACCUCAAGAUGCAGACUGCCUCAGUGAGGGUCAACUGGUGGAGUCUCCCUUUGCCCUCUCAGCAUCAAGCGCCAUUUGUUUGGCCUUUGACUCUGCCUCUUUGGUGUCAGAGGGAGACUCUGUUGAAGAGGAGCAACCACAAGAUGCAGACUACCUCAGUGAGGGUCAACUGGUGGAGUCUCCCUUUGCCCUCUCAGCAUCCAGCGGCAUUCGUUUGGCCUUCGACUCUGCCUCUGUGGUGUCAUACUCUGUGGUGUCAGACUCUGUAAUGUCAGACUCCUUUCCAUGGUCAGACCACAGCUCUCUAGACUUAGACUCUGUCUCUCUGGCCUCAGACAUAACCCCUCCAGCCUCAGACUCCUCCACUCUGGCCUUUGCCUGCGCCUCUCCGGCAUCAGCCUCUGCCUCCCUGGCCUCAGCCUCCACCAGCCGCAGCAGGAACCUACUGAAGAGGGUCCGAAGCUUCUUCAGCAGGUUGAAGACGGCCCUCUGUUGCUGCUGUCGGGCAGAGGAGGACUAA